ACUACACUGUCCGGAGGAGCGUGUUGGAGCCUGUUUGUGAACGUAUUCAUGAGGACGUAAAGGGGCCAAAAACUACACAGAAUCUCUGUGGACCUUUGAAAAAACGAGAGCCAUGGAUUUUAUUAAAAACUACAAUAGUCAUCUCUCCAUCGUCAUUUUGAUAAUCACCAGUUCCUGCCACGCUCUCUUGGACAGAUUUCUGGAGGAGAACAUCCCAGAUCAGCUGUUUUCUCUUCAUCUGGACUCAGAAGAUGACGGCCCAAUCAGCUCCUGUGAUUUCGAGUCAUCGUGCCAGUGGACGUUAUCAAAUCACAGCGACCGGAGUGACUGGUCGGUGGUGUCGCCACAGCAACCAGAAAGCUCUCAGACGGGGCUGAUGCCUGUGACCGACCACUCAGUGGGAAGGUCCGACGGGCACUUCCUGCUCCUAAGCUCCUUCCCUGCUGCCGUGGCCUCUGGGAGAUGUGAGUACAGUCUAACCAGCCCUGUGUUGCCAAGAAACGACAGGCGCUGCAUCUUGCAAGUGGCGCUGUAUGAGUCCGGUCCAGCAGUGGGGAACCUCACGGUCCUGAUCAAACCCAUCUACUCUGACUCAGAGGUUCACUCGGUGCUUCUCAACCAAAGGAGACGGGAUGAACGCAGGGCUGAGUGGGAGGUGCUGGAGACUGUGAUUGGUCAGGUGGACGAGCCCUUUCAGGUCAUCCUUCUCUACACUUCCUGUUUGGGGGAAGAUGGAGGGACUGUGGCUCUGGACUCUCUGGAGCUCGUUGACUGUGAAUCAGGACACCAGUUACUCGGGCUGGAUGCAGAUUGUGAAGAAACUUUCCACUGUGUAAACUCAGGAGGCUGCAUCGACCAGAGCCAAGUCUGCAACUUUCACACCGACUGUCCUUUAGGAGAAGACGAGGGCUUCAUCUGUGGUGCUCUUCCAUUUGGCUCUCACUGUUCCUUUGAACAGGAUGCAUGCGGUUGGUCUGUUUCCAAACAGCACUCGGGCUGGAGAAGGGUGGAAGGAGAAGAUCUUCUGGAGAAAAAAGACAUGCAGGGCGUUGCUCUGCAGAGCACACCAGGGCACUUCCUGUUUUUGCAGGUAAGAGAGAGUAACUCCCUACGAGAAGCGUCCAUUCAGAGCAUUUAUUUCCCUCCGCCAGUCUCCACCUCUGCCUGCCAGAUGCGUUUCUCUCUCUACUUGUACGGGGACUUUAAUGGUUCUUUGCUGGUUGCUAUAGAGGAGAAUGGGACCAACACCGCACCACUGGUGUGGGAGAGAAGCGAUCAGUGGACAGACGACUGGGAAGAUGUUGCCCUGCAGCUGACCGGCCUCCAUCAUGAGUUCCACAUUAAGGUGACAGCUGUGUGGGGAAAAGGCUCUAACGCUGACGUCGCUCUCGAUGACAUUGCCCUUGGAGCAGCCUGCUUUGAAACAGAUUUGAACUCCCUGCUGCCCAUGGCAGACUUGGAGGAUUUCUUAAGCCCUCUUCCGGAGCCUUCAGCCUCAGAGGUUUCAUGGAUGACAUGGUUUUUUAACUCAUGCGGUGCCAGUGGCCCCUACGGUCCGACCCAGGCCCAGUGUGACAGCACCUACAGGAACAAGAAUGUCAGUGUGACUGUGGGGAAGGAAGACCCUUUAAAAGGAGUCCAGAUGUGGAGGGUGCCAGCUACAAACAGAUACAUGAUCUCUGCUUAUGGGGCUGCAGGAGGGAAAGGAGCAAAAAACCACAACAAACGCAACCAUGGGGUCUUCAUAUCGGCCAUAUUUCCUCUGGAGAAAGGAGCUGUUCUUUACAUCUUGGUGGGCCACCAGGGAGAGGAUGCAUGCCCCGGGAGAAAUCCCCACACCCAGAGGAUCUGCCUGGGAGAGUCUUCAGUGAUUGAAGACAACGUCGGUGGAGAGGCUGGAACGGAAUGGGCUGGAGGAGGAGGCGGAGGAGGAGGGGCCACCUAUAUUUUUAAGAUGGAGGGUGGGGUGUUGGUCCCCUUGCUGAUUGCAGCUGGCGGGGGAGGAAAUGCCUACAUGGAGGAUCCAGAGUCGACUCUGGACCAUAUACCAUUGGAGCAGUAUGAAAACAGCACCACAGCUCCCGGUGCCAACGGUAAAACUGGUGCCGCAGGUGGAGGUGGCGGCUGGAAAGACAGUCCCAGUCCUCACCUGAGGGCGGGGAAUUCUCUUGUAGAGGGAGCGGAGGGGGGCUCCUCGUGUCCCAUCGCCACUUCCAAGCUCCACUGGUCCACCUAUGGGGGAUUUGGAGGUGGAGGCGGGGCCUGCACAGCUGGAGGAGGGGGAGGAGGUUACAGAGGUGGUGACGCUGCGCUGAAAGAUGAGAUCACAGCCGACGGUCAGAAUGGGAUCUCAUUCAUUCAUCCGAUGGGAGAGAUUUUCCUCCAGCCUCUGGCAGCCAUGGAGAGUCACGGCGAGUGUGAGAUCAAGGUGCAGCUAAACUGCAGCCACUGUCAAACGCAGAGCUGCAAACGCGACGAAGACACUCACCUCAUCCUCUGUCUCUGCGACGACGACGAUGAAGUCCUGGCCAGCGACAACGUCACAUGUGUCGGCACCUUAGCAGCUCCUCAAGGUACGCCUCUGCAGGGCCCGAUGUCGACAUCUUUGAUCCUAGCGGUCGUGGUCUCCACCAUCGCGAGCGGCAUCGCGCUGAUCUGCACCGGCGUCAUUCUCAUGUGGUACCGCAGGAAGAACGACCUGCACGCAGUGAGGGGGCGUCUGCAGAGUCCAGAGUACAAGCUGAGCAAGAUCCGCUCCUCCACCAUCAUGACGGACUACAACCCCAACUACUGCUUUGCAGGGAAGGCCGCCUCACUCAAUGAACUGAAGGAAGUACCGCGCAAGAACAUAACACUCCUCAGGGCUCUCGGCCACGGUGCAUUUGGGGAAGUCUAUGAAGGACAAGUCCUAGGGAUUAGUGGCGAUAACGGCCCCAUGCAGGUGGCCAUAAAGACUCUCCCAGAAAUCUGCUCUGAACAGGAUGAAAUGGAUUUCCUGAUGGAGGCUCUGAUUAUGAGCAAGUUCAGCCAUGACAACAUUGUGCGCUGCAUCGGUGUCAGUCUGAACAUCCUGCCACGCUUCAUCCUGCUGGAGCUGAUGACCGGAGGAGACAUGAAGAGCUUCCUGAGACAGAACAGGCCACGAGCUGGCCAGACUUCUUAUCUCACCAUGCGGGAGCUGCUGCAGAUGGCCCGAGACAUCGCCUUCGGCUGUCGCUACCUGGAGGAGAAUCACUUCAUACACAGAGACAUUGCUGCGAGAAAUUGCCUGCUUACCUGCCCUGGACCAGACCGAGUGGCUAAAAUCGGAGACUUUGGCAUGGCACGAGACAUAUACAGAGCCAGCUAUUACAGGAAAGGUGGUCGUGCAAUGCUGCCGGUUAAAUGGAUGCCACCGGAGGCCUUCAUGGAGGGAAUCUUCACCUGCAAGACUGAUACAUGGUCAUUUGGAGUGCUGCUGUGGGAGAUCCUCUCUCUGGGUUACAUGCCCUAUCCCUGUAAGACCAACCAGGAGGUGCUGGAGUUUGUCACCAGCGGAGGCCGGAUGGAUCCUCCCAAGAGCUGCCCGGGGCCUGUCUAUCGGGUCAUGACCCAGUGUUGGCAGCACUGCCCCGAGCACCGGCCCAACUUCUCCACCAUCCUGGAGAGAAUUAACUACUGCUCUCAGGACCCAGAUGUGAUCAACACCCCCCUACCAGUGGAAUACUCCCCUACAUCAGAGGACGACAGCAGCACAAUAAUCCGUCCCUCUGACCACAUCUCCUCCAGCCUCACUCCCCUCCUGGUGUCCCAUCCUGUAUCCCAGGCUCCCUCUCCCCAGCUGAGUCUUUCCUCUCUGGGCCUGGGUGCAGCCCCUCUUCCACCACAGCCUACCAAACCCCGUCUGCUCCUCCAGAGAACCCAGCCAGUCCACCAUGAAGUGACGUCCUGCCGUGAGGCUCUGGAGCCAUCCUGGGCCGAGCCUGUACCUGCCCUUGGUUUGUCGGCAGGAGGCCACUGGCUCCACCCCGAGCCUCCUCACCACUUACCUUGCUCCAGAAACAGCUCGUCCUCAGGGAGCCAGAGGCUGAAGAACAAGACGAAGAACCUGUGGAACCCCACAUAUGGAUCCUGGGUGCUGGAAAACUUCCGUGCGAAGAAAACACUUGCUCACACUCAGUCAAUGCCACUCUCCAGCUCCGCUUCCGCCAACUCUCAGGCCUUGGAGAGCAACGAGGCUGCGUGUGACCUCAGUCCUUCCUCAACACCGUCCCCGUCCUGCCAGGCUCAAGCGACUCCGAGCACAUCCUCCCAUAAGACCCCAACUGGUGGCACCACCAAAGCUAGGAUGGAUCUAGCUAAGCUUCAAAGUUUCCCCUGUGGCAACGUCAACUAUGCCUACGAUGAGCAAAGCUACGAGGCGGAGAGCUUACCCCUGGUGAAGCUCAAAGCCCCAGAAGCCAUCACAAACACCAGCUCUGCCCCCAGUGUCUCCUCAGGGACGAGCCUGGCCCUGGCGUUGGGCCUCCCCUCCUCCUCAUCCUGCAUGCCUAAGCUGCUGCUGAAGCGCCACGCCAGCUACGGACAUGAGGACGUGAGGAGACACACCAAGGCUGAGAAACCAACACGUGAUCGAGACUCAGGCUUCUCUUUGUCUGAAGACCUCAGCGUCACCCCUAUCUAAAAAAACGCGUUCUGUUACAGGGAUUUAGAUUGAUACAAAAAUGAGAUGUCCCCCCAAGCGCAUUUUCUCACCAGCUGAGACUACAGUUUUGGGUUUCUGGAACAAAAAAGCAUGACCACGAGGGAUCUGUCACAGUCCGAGAGCCACAACAUCGAAUUAUUAGAGCUCUGGGAAUGCUGGAAAACAUAAAUAUGCCUCUGUGACACAGAGAGCCAACGCUGGACUCAGAGCACCUUCCUGGGCCUCUGGUAGCUGAAACACUGGACAACAAGCAGCCCUGCGCUUUUUCUUGUCCACAUUAAAUGCUGUAGUUGGACUCCUUUUCUACCUUUUUAUGUUUCAGUUUUAUCAUGAGAGCUUUUGCAGUAGUAAAUGUUGCAUUAUUGUAAACCAUUUGUUUGAAUUUGUAGUAAUCAUUGUACAGUAGGACCGUAACCGCCAAAAAUAUUGAGCCAUUGGGAAGAGAAUUGCCGAACAUGUGUUUUUGUUUGAGAAUCUUUCAUUCCAAAAGUUUCUUAUUCAGAAAAGGCUCUAAUUACUAUAACAGUUUCAUUAUUAGUUAGUUGUAUGCAUAAAUUGUAUGCAUACUUCGAUACAAUGUGGUACACUUCUGUGUUUCUGAUUUUCUUCACUCCUACACAAUGUGAAAACACAUACUUCAAGCAUAUUGCAAUAACACGUCACUGCUGUUUUCUCUCAACACAAGGUUUACUUACUAGGCGUUUCCACAGCAGAAGGGAGUAUGCCGAGUGUCCCAUGGAGGUGAUUUAGGUAAAGAAACUUCACAUUUAAGAUAAGAAUCUAAAAAUGUCAAUGCUUCCGACCCAGACAUCAUGCACUUAAACUACUUAACAUUUGGGAUAGUGUUCGGAUUAAACCAUCAAGAUAUCAUGUUUUAUUGGUGAGCUUUAGAGAAGCGAGCAGAUAUUUCACAGGUGGCUGUUUUCCAGUUCCCUAGUAUUUACGCUAAGCUUACCAUAGCUGUAACUAGAAGCUGCUGUGAACUGGUUUCUAUUCUCUCAUCCUACUCUUUAGCAAGAAAGCGAAACAGCAUAUUUUCCGUAAAACAAAUCGCCUUACAGUUUUAAAAUAGUUUGUGUUGAAUGGUGACUUGCUUCCUGUAUAUUCUAUGAUGAAGUGGAGCUUUCACUGAGAAAUGUAUUUUUUAUUGUCUCUUUCCCCAUGUCCACAUAUUUACUUGGACCGCAGGUCUCAUAAAUGUAUAAGCGUGUAGAAUGUGAUGACCAUGCAGCUGUGGAGAUAUUUUUGUACUCACUUCGUACACUGGACUAACCCAUUUGCAUUUGUAGCUGUGUUUUUAUUUUUCUUCACUUAUGUUAAUGAUGGAUCUGUAUUUGUAGUUGAUCACUGCCAUUAAACACUGCUACACUGCAUCUGCUGAUGUAGUGCUGGUAGUACCUAUGUUUACUCAGCAGGGGGAGGUAUACUUGCUGCUGUGGGUAUGUCAGUUCAUACUAUUAUUCAAAGAUUACUCAGUAUUUAUGUUUCCAGUUAUUCUUAUUUAAUCGAUUGUGUUGAUACGUGUUUUUAUUUUGAGGCUUGACAUUUAUUUUUUAGUAUUUUGAUUGAAUGGUUACAUUACAAGGGUGUUUAAGGCGUACUGUAUGUGUUUAUGCUCAGGCCUACUGAUUAGUGAGAAAUAUUCUCGUUGCUCUUUAUUCCACUUAUAUUAGAAAAGGCGACUCACCAGAAGACUUGCCAUGUUUUUCUAAAGAAUCAUUUUCAACACGAUUGAACACCAUUUCGAAAUAGUGAUUUAUAUGUGAUUUAUUUUACAGAUAAAGACAAAUCCAUCUG